UAAAUUUUGGACUCUACAACAGUGCAAACCUAAACCACCGAGUCGGUCUACACUCUACAGACGGACACGACCACGGUGAAGCGAAAUUAGUAGCUAGCGUGGUGCUGCGCUAGUUGCUUUGCUUUGAUGAGCAGCUCGGCGAAGGCGGCGGCGGACGGCGCGAUGGGUAGCAAGGCGGCGCGGGCGUGCGACGGGUGCCUGCGGCGGCGGGCGAGGUGGUACUGCGCCGCGGACGACGCGUUCCUGUGCCAGGGCUGCGACACGUCGGUGCACUCCGCGAACCCGCUGGCGCGGAGGCACGAGCGGGUGCGCCUGCGGCCCACGUCGCCGCUGCUGCUCCCUCAGCAGCCUGCCGGAGCGUCGGCCCCGCCCCCGCGGGAGAAGCGCCGGGGCGAGGAGGUCGUGCCGGCGUGGAUCAAGCGCAAGGCGCGGACCCCGCGCUCGCAGGCCAAGAGCGUCGGGCAGCUCCUCUCGAGGCGCCUCGUCGUGCCGGACGCGUCGUCCGGCGGGGAGUCGCCGGAGGGGCAGAAGUGCGGCGGGGAGACCGACGAGGAGGCGGAGCUGCUGUACCACCGCGUGCCCGUUUUCGACCACGCUCUCGCGGAGCUCUGCUCGUCCCCGUCUGCCGGGGAAGAGAGCACGGCCGUCGCGUCGUGCUGCGGUGAGGACGGCGGCGCCGUCGUCGAUAACUUGGCCGCGGCGCCGCUGUCUCCUGUGCCGGCUGAGUUCAUGCCCGUGGACGGCCUCGUCAGCUUCGGCCCCACGGACGCGGAGCUCAUGGAGUUCGCCGCCGACAUGGAGGCCCUGCUCGGGCGGCCGGGCAUGGACGACGGCGGCGAGGAGGAGCCGUUCUGCAUGGAGGCAUUGGGGCUCAUCGACCCCACGGACGCGAGCGUCAAGCUGGAGGCCGACGGAUGCAUGCUGGCGUGCGGCCUCGAGCAGGAGCUGGACGUGUCCGGCGAUAUCUUCGACCUCGACUUCGACUACUGCUCGCCUCAGGCGGCGACGCCGGACGAGAACGCGGCAAGCAGCGACGGCCAGCUGUUUCCAAAGAGCCUCGCGCUCAACCUGAACUACGAGGCGAUCAUCGAGAAGUGGGAGAGCUCGCCAUUCGCCGACGGCGAGAGGCCGGACGUCAAGCUCGAGGACUGCUGGCCACACGACGACUACUCGUUACAGGCGGGCGCAUGGAUGAUGGGGGGAGGAGGUCAGCUUGGCUAUGGCGGGGAUGGGGUGGGGACGACGCCGAGGCUGAGGAUGGGCGCCGAUGGUGGCAGGGAGGCGCGGGUGUCGCGGUACCGGGAGAAGCGCCGGACGCGGCUCUUCUCCAAGAAGAUCCGGUACGAGGUGCGCAAGCUCAACGCCGAGAAGCGGCCGCGGAUGAAGGGACGGUUCGUCAAGCGGCUGGCCAACGGCGCCGUUGCCGCCACCGCGUGCGUCGCGUAGCUUAGCUAUGCCGGUCGUGUGCAAUGCUGUCGGUGUGCAUGCAUGCAUGCAUGGCUCUGCUGGCUGCUGUGGGCUCGUCAUGGGCAAACACAAACAACUCGUCGAAACUGCGUAAUCUAGUUACUUUUUCUUUUUCAA